AUGAAAGGAAGCAAAUCAAGUGGUGCUACGAGGAAAGCCGAUACCAAGUUGGAUGUAAAGAAGACUGCAGCCAAGGGGAAAGCAGCUAAGGAUCCCAAUAAACCCAAGAGACCCGCUAGCGCCUUCUUUGUGUUCAUGGAGGACUUUAGAAAGCAAUUCAAAGAAGAUCACCCUGACAACAAAUCUGUUGCUGCUGUUGGUAAAGCUGGUGGGGCAAAAUGGAAGUUAAAACUAUACUAGUGCUCUCUUUCCUUGGUUUUCAUACUUAUUAUUAUGAUCCAGUUUCACCGAGCAUGGUCGAACAAGCUGCAAAGCCACUUGCAAGGCCUGUAAGAGUAAGGCCCUGUUUUGUUUCUUGUCAUUAAGUGAUGUCUGGAUAAAUAAUAUUAUAAGAUGUUGUUAUUAUUUUUUAAGGUUUGGGUUUUAGAUGCUACACCUGGAAAGGUACGUGCAGGUAGAGACGGAGAUGAUCAUCCUGCUGAAUUGAUCAUUUCUCUAAGAGCAUUGCCUAACCAGGUGUGUUUUGUGUUGCAUAAAGAGUAACGACUUUUUUUUGGUUAUUUUAUAAAUAUCUAACUAUAUAUUGUCCCAUGAUCUCACGUAUUCACUUUCAUAUGCAAUCUUGAUGUAUCUCAUAUACAUGAUUCUUGUUAAACU